AUGGGGCGGCAAGGGACACAACUGUCUAUCCUCCUAUUAUUCUGUACUAUUCUGCAACAAUCAUCAGCUAUCCCCACACGGAGCUCGAACACCGACGUGCCCAGCGCCGGAAAUGCCGCGGACAGCCCGGUUUCGGACGGUGCUUCGAGUAAUAGAAUCAGACGAGGUCGAGAUUCCUAUUCGGUCGUCAGACCGUUUCCCUACCUGUUUCCCUAUCGCUUCGCAAACGACGAAUGUGUAACCGACGACGGACAUGCCGGAACUUGCUACACGUCGCAAGAAUGUAGCGAUGUGGAAGGAACGAACGCGGGCGAAUGCGCCGAAGGUCAAGGAAUCUGCUGUUCUACGAUCUACACCUGCCGGCAGACGGUGAACCACAACGUGUCCUACUUCGUUCCUCCCCAUCAUCCGCACAAGGAGAAAAACGCCAACGUGUGUCCUCUGAGAAUUCAGGUCGAGCCUGAAGUCUGUCAGAUCCGUCUGGAUUUCGUCCGUUUCGACAUCCUCGGACCCCGGGAUGGCGACUGUCUGGACGACAUGUUCGUCGUGCUCGGAAGUAAUCGCAACCAUAAGAUCCCUGUGCUCUGCGGCGAGAACACCGGUCACCACAUUUACAUCAACGUGGACACGAUCGAUGCACCGAUCGUGCUGCAAAUGAACACCGGCAUCGCUCCGUACGCGAGAGAUUGGCGCAUCAAGAUCUCGAUGAUUCCCUGCGAGUCACAGUACCGGGCACCGGUCGGUUGCCUCCAGUUCGUCACCGGUAUCAAGGGCCACGUUCGAAGUUUCAAUUUCAACCAACGUAACGAAAGCCGUUUCGGCUACCUUAAUGACUUGGAUUACGCCAUCUGCAUCCGAAGAGAGAGAGACAUGUGCUCGGUCACAUACUCUGUUCGCAGCGAAAAAGACGACGCCGAGCUCCUAACCGACGCCAACGACUCCACACCCUACGGAGCUCCGGAGGCGAUAGCGAGAGCCAUUCGAGAACCGCAAGCGAAUAGUAAAAUCCCUGCGUUUGGUAUCGCUACGUCCGACGGGAAGUCCAUGGAUUUCCAAGCAGCAGCCAAAGCAGGAGUUACGAAGUGCACCGGUGACUACCUGGCUAUUCCAGGACUGGAUCGUUUCUGUGGAGGCGCCUUCAGCCUGACCUCGGAUAGUCGGGAAAGCCAAUCGGUGACCGUGAAGGACUCCGGACCCCUAAUGGUGAUGUUCAAAUCGGAUAAAGCUUUCAACGGUCGUGGUUUCAACAUAAAUUUCUAUCAGGGGCCCUGUACACCGCAGGCUUACUUCUAGAAGUACAAUCGCUAGAGGUUGGAUGCUCAUGAAUUAGUUUAGAUCUGGUCGACUGCGGAGCGGUAGAAUACCAUUUGGCCUGAGAUUGGAUUUUCGUCAAAGCUCUACGUGACCGCAAAAGGGAUCUCGACCGGAAUGUACAUUUGGUUUCCUCCACUGGGAAGUUCUGUUUUAGCCCCAUGUUGUGAGAUGGAAAUUUCCGCAAUAGACUAACCGAAGAAAUUC